AGCUCAAGUCGUCGAACAUUUAGUGGCGAUGGAAGUUUAGAGAUACAUGAGGUAGAAAUGAAUCCGAAUAUAUCAUUGGGCGGUUUAAAUGAUGGUCUAUUAAACACUAAAGAUAUUUCACAGUUACAACUCAAUACAAAACUUGUUGUAAUUAAUGCCACGAUAUUUGAUGAGACUGAUGCGAAUUAUGAUAUUGUUAUGAAAACUAAUACAAAUGCGUUAUAUGAAUUAUCAAGUGCUUUUUUAAACUCUGGUGUUCAUUGCGUUUUGGUCUCUUUAUGGCCAGCUAGUGAUGUUGGUGCAGUAAAAAUACUUUUGAAAACUUUUUAUUCUUCGCUAAUGCAAGGAUCGAGAGUUGCUAGAGCUUUAUCAGAAGCUAUGCAAACGGUUCAGUAUACAAAGCAAUUUUCGCAUCCGGCAAAUUGGGCUGGUUUCACAUUAAUGGGAUCUAACAUUCGUCUCUGCACAAAGGCUGCACAAAUGAAUGAAUCUUUACAAGAUAUUUUAUUACAUCAUAACCCGGAGCAUUCAAGAAGGCAAUGUUUGCGAGUGUGUUUGCAUCUGGUUGAAAAGUCUCUUCAGCGAAUUCACGAAGGGCGAAGAAAUGCAAUGUAUACCACUUUAAGAUCAAUCGAGAACAAGACGACGAGCAGUGGAUCUAAAAAUGGUGAUAAGGAAGAAACAGAAGAUUUAACGAAGUAUAAUAAUGCUGGAUGGAAAAAUUUACUGAUUUCUGUUGGAUUCAGAUUUGAGCCAGCUGCGAAUGGUGUUCCUUCAUCUGUAUUUUUCCCACAAAGUGAUCCGUGUGCACGACUCGCAAAGUGUUCUGGAAUUUUACAGGCUCUUCUUGGUUUAUCACAUGCUUCACUGCAAGCAGUUCAGUCAUUAAUAAACGAUGAAACGAGAUCAAAAAAAUCAGCGAAGCUUAAUUACAAUAACACGCAACAAGAAGAAAUUUCACAAGAAAUAAUUUCAGCUGUAAAAAAAUGUUCCGAACAAUUAGUGGAGAAGCAACCUGGCGAUGGAAUCGAAAUUUCUUUGAGCGUCAGAUCUUGGAGGAUUACUGGCUGUCAUGAAUUAUUUGCUUCGUUAGGAUUUGAUUUAGUGUCCGUCGGCAGUGAUCGGAUCAAAUUAAGAGCAGGAAAAAAGCUAAUACAAGGCAGACACACAAUUGCAGAUGAACCAAAAAGUUUGAGUAGCAGUAAAAGCAGUUCAAUGGAAAGUCUGAAUAGUGAUAACAGCAUUUGUCCAUAUAUAUCAAAUCAAAAAAAUGUUAACCCGCAAACUUUAAAUGAUGUGCAUCAGCAAUUAGAUAAGUCAAUAAGCAAGUUAAGUUCUGGAAGAGGCGCAUUUAUAUCUUACGUCCGUGGUAGAGGCGAACCGGAUGGUGGGAGCACCAUCAACAGUCAUGCCCCUUCGACCACUUAUACACAAAGUCAGCUCAACUCCAAUGUGCACAUUCAUCCGCUAAAUAGUAAUUCUCACAUAAAUCUACUUAUAAAUUCAGACAAUAAUCUGCACACGAACUCAAGAAUUGCAACUGCAAAUAUAAAGAGCGUUGAAACUAAAGGCUUAUGGAAUGCUAGGAAUCAUUAUAUGGGUCUGAGCAGAACUGCUGUAAAAGUGAGUAAUUUAUGGGUUACAUAUCAGUGA